CAAACGCACGCAAAGCCACACGCACCCCGACCCGUUCGCAGGCGAGGCCGCCCCACCACCACCACCACCACCUCCUCCUCCCUUCCGCCGCCGCCGCCGUUGCGGCUGCCUCCGAUGGCGAAGACCCGGAAGGCCGCGGCCGCUCCUCCUCCUCCGCCGCCCCCGCCGCCGCCCCCGGCCGAAACCCCAUCCCCGCAGCGGAAGCGCAAGAAGAAGGGGCGGCCGUCCCUCCUCGACCUACAGCGCCGUAGCCUCCGCCUCCAGGCCCAAAACCCUAGCACCGCCCCGUCCCCCACCCGCAGGGACCCCAAUCCCUCCGACGAGGACGACGACGGGGUCGGUAGAGGGCGUCGACGGCAGAAGCGGCUCAAGAGCGUCCUCUCCGGCGGCGGCGAGGAUGAGGAGGAGGGGGCGGUGAAGGAGGAUGUGGUGGUGGAGGAGAAGAAGGUCGCGGCGAAAGCGACCGGGAAAGGGGACGCUGCGUCGGAUGGCGGGCCCACGGGGACUCCCCUCCCGGACAAAAAGUUGCUUCUCUUCAUCCUCGACAGGCUCCAGAAGAAGGACACCUAUGGAGUUUUCUCGGAGCCCGUCGACCCUGAGGAGCUUCCAGAUUACCAUGAGAUCAUCGACCAUCCUAUGGACUUCUCGACGAUACGUGAGAAGCUGUUGAAUGACUCUUAUACCACCUUAGAGCAGUUUGAGAGUGAUGUAUUUUUACUUACAUCAAAUGCCAUGUCCUACAAUUCAGACGACACGAUCUACUAUCGGCAGGCACGAUCCAUUGAGGCUCUGGCCAAAAAGGAUUUUGAGAACCUGAGGCAAGUUAGUGAUGGUGAAGAAGAACAACCCAAGACUGCACCCAGAAGAGGCAGGCCGCCAAAAUAUGCAAAGAAAAUUGUUGAGAAGACUGAUAAUGAUGCUUCACCAGAUUUAUCCAAUGCAAAAGCAAAAUCUGCAGAUCAUGUUGAGACAAUCAGAAAAAGGUUGACUGGAGACAGAACUCGAAAUGCAAACAUAACAGCAAGAGACUCAUCCUUUCUUCAAAAUAAUAUACUUGGUUCUUUUGCUGGCAAAAGAACAGAUAAAUUUGGUGACUAUUCAGGCCCUUCGAAGUAUGGAAAGAAGACCACCCCCACUAUUUCAGAUGAUGAUCGGCGUAGUACAUAUGAUCCGCAAUAUUUUCAUAGUAGUCCUCUGUUUUCUGCCCUUGAUGGUGAGAGGAAACUACUUUUGCCGGUGGGACUUCAACAGCCACAUGCAUAUGCUAGGAGCUUGGCACGGUUUGCUGCAAAAUUUGGUCCCAUUGGCUGGGAUAUAGCGGCAAAGAGAAUCAGGCGGCUACUGCCUCCUGGGACAAAUUUUGGCCCAGGAUGGGUUGUGGAUGGUGAACCACCCGAAAACUCUCAUUGGUCUCGAGUUCCGGCACUGCCUGAUCCAUCAAUCCAGUCUACUAGUGUUCCAGCCAGCAACAUGACAUCCAAAAAUGAUGAAUCCCAUCAGAAGUCUGGAUUUUCUCCGAAUGAGGAUGCUGCUGGUGAAGAGCAUCUAACUAGAACUGAGCCAGUGGCUUCGACAUCUGCAUGUGUUGAGACGAGUUCAAAAUUUCCUGCCAACCCAUUGGUCAAUCAUGAAAACGGAGCUAGCGUGUCAUGUGAUGGUGUGGGUAGUACUGGACAGGCACCUACCUUGCAGCAGCACAACCAUAGUCGAGAAAUCCACUCGAAUAUGAAUGGCUUCACUGCUGGGCCAAACACGAUUAGUCAAUUUACAGGGCAAGGGUUCUUGGGGCAGAUGCAGUUGACACAUGCUCAAGUACUUGGGAUGUUUUCUGGAGUCAAUGGCAGAACCAAUGGCUUUAUCCAUGGGCACCCACUGGUGGCCAAUAGCAUCAAAGCAACACAAAAUGGGGAUGUUGGGAAGGCAGCCACUAAUCCUUCACCAGAUUCAGGUCAUGAUUCAGAAGCCGCGUCAGCACAAAACGAGACAGGUUCUGCUCCAAGUUUAGGUGCUGGUGUUCAGCCAUCAGGAUCCAUGCCAAGUGGAAAGUUGGCAAAUCCAAAAAAGCAUCCGGACCUGGCAUUACAGCUCUGAAUACAAGUAGCCAUUGACAUAGUUCAGCUUAGCACCAUCCUUGAUGGAACAUGAUUCAGAAUCUCAGCUUCUCGAGUCCUUAUUCUCCGGCUUCUGCUAUGCUGAUGGUGUCUGUAGCAGCACACUGUGUGGUGCUCAGGAGAAUAACAAUGGAUUUCUCGUCGAAGAAUAAUUCAUUGUGAGGAGAGGUCAUGGGAAGGAGUAACUAGAGCCAUUGAAUCAUUUGACGCCCAGCGAAUUUGUUGUAAAAGGGUAGGUAACCUGUAUAGAUUCUAAUCUUAUUUUCGAUGAUGUUUCCGGAUGGGCAGCGUCUGGCAUCCAAUGUGUAACAUUAUAGUAGUGGAGGUAUACAAGCAGAGAGGCAAGUGAAUACGUGUGCCUUUUCCUGCGAGGACGAUGAAUCCGGUUCCACAUACUGUAUGAGACUGGGGUGGAUGGAAGAAUGCCAUGGCUGCUGGACCUCCACCCCAGUUGAGCUGAGUAGUAGCCUGAGUCAUCAAAUCUUGCUCUGAGCCUCUGACAUGAUUCUGUGUUGACAUUUUUACUGACAUGAUUAUGUAGUGCUGUUUAACACUUGUUGAUGUUGCUGUUACUGUACUUCUUGCCCUGGAAUCUGGCAUAUAGUAGGAGCAGAUAUGGUCUUGAUAU